UUCGCAGGGUGCCCUCUUCCGCCGGUCGGGGGAUGCCCCCCUCCGAGUCAUCGGCGCCUGCAGCUGGCCUGUAAGGGGCUAAAUCGUUAAGCGUUUCGCACUCGGCCCUAUUCUAAUGCAAAUUCCGUCCGAAAAAAAUACAGGCGGUUCCGUGCUACGGCCGACUUACUGGGUAACACGGUGUGUUAAACCUGGCUGUGUCUCAAACGGUGCAGUUUGAUUCCAGGCCUCUCGUUCCAGGUGUGUAUGGAGGGCGGUGUGAUGGCUGCUACAAUAAAAGAGUGCCUUGAGCUCCAACUCCUGGAAGUGGAAAUGCUCUUUUCAAUGUUUCCUAAAAAAGGUGAAAUAAAUCUGUGUGAUGAGGAUGCUGUGCCUGGCAUGCAGCGCUAUCUGAGAAACUCUGAGGGAGCUCUGCCCCGGCAGCUCGAGUACUCAGUUGCUAUCGAUGUAGGGGAGUCAAAGGCAAAAGUAGUAUUGCAGGUACUGUUGCCUCACAUGUAUCCUCAUGUAGCUCCUCAACUUUUUGCAAGAUCAGAUGCACUAAACAGACAGCAACAGUUGCAGCUCAACACUCACCUCACUUCUCACAUCAGCUCUUUGGAUUCAGGUGAACUGUGUAUAUGUGCAGCUGUCCAAUGGGUGAAGGAGAACAGCCUGCCUUAUUUGCAAAACAGUGAGAUCGCUUCUGAAAGCACUUUGAAAGAAGAAGUAUUUAAAGAAACAUUUCAUCGCAUGUGGAUCUAUAGCCAUCAUAUAUAUAGGCAGGAGUUGAGAAAAAAGAUUUUUGACUGUGCAAAGAAGUUAAAUCUGACUGGCUUCUGCCUAACAGGAAAACCUGGUGUGAUCUGUGCGGAGGGAAUCAGAGAAAACUGUGAAGAGUUCUGGCGUGUUAUUAGAUAUCCCAGUUGGAAGCAUAUUUCGUGCAAGCAUGUGGAGAGUAUAGAAACUGAGGGAAACAUUGAUAGUCUUCGUCUCUUUCGUACUUUCGAAGACCUGCAGUUUCAGGCACAUGGUGAUUAUGGCCUGAGGAAUGACUAUCACAUGGAUCUGGGCCAGUUCCUAGAAUUCCUGAAACAACAUCAGUGUGGACAUAUUUUUCAGAUUUUAUUUGGUGUUAAAGGCAAACUUUCAGACAAAUAAGAGAAACUGUGUAAGGAGUUUUAAAUUUGGACACCAGGCGAUGAAGCAAAGAUUGAAAUACUGUGCCUUACAGCUACUGUGAAAAGGGAAACUGUUUAACAGACAAAAAGGACAGUUCGAGUUAAUCUUUGUUUCUGUUCUCAAGUGUAUGCAACAACUCAGAAGUGUUUACGUAUUUUCUGAGACCCUGAAAUCACCAGUUAUCACUGUGAGCCACAUCUCAAAGAAGUGGUUGCAAGGUGAUAAAAAUCUCAUGUGGCAGUUUCCUGAAUUAGUUUCAGAAUUCAGGAAUUCUGAAUUCAGAAUUCCUGAGUUCUGUCUCCUCAUCAACACUAUGCUGUAUGAUACUGAACCUGAGGUGCAGACCUGUAAUUAACGACUUCGGCAUAGAGUUAUGGGAGACUGAAGUGGCUGCUGUCACAGAUUAAUAUGGUUUGCAAUACAAAAGCAUAUCCUGCUCAAAGACAUCUUAAUGCUAUAUUCACGAUGUACUCCAUGCAAUAUUUUGUACUGCUUCACAAAGCAUCUUCUCUCACUUCAUUUAAUGAAAUGUACAGGCUGUGUCCAACCACACCAUCAGGCUUUGUUUUUAAAUAAAGGAGUGGAGGAAAAAAAAAUCCCCCAUUACCCUGCCACUCGUAUGCUUUGGGUAGCACUCAUGCAUUUAUAAUGCCAUUAUUGACCAUCGUUUUCCAGCUGCUCCUCUUACCAUCUCAUUAUGGUCUGGUUAUGUUAGUAGUAAUUUUUCAGCUGCUCAUCUCAUGACAUUUUUGUAUAUAUAUAUAUUGGUAGGUCAAGCUACUUGGAAAUGAAAGCAUGUAAGAGGAGACAUAAUAAACAAAAGUGUAAUGUUUCCUCUUUUCCUUAUAUAAUAAAUAAAAAUGCAUACAACUUUACCAGUCUUUCCUAUGUCAAGUUAGUACUGACAGAUAGGCAAUAUUCCAGUAGCUUGUUAUAGGAAAUUGUAUUAAUGCCUCAGUAGGGAGCGCUUCCCUUCUGGGUAGUGUAUUGAGUUUGUGUUCAGAUGGUGAAUCACAAUUAGAACUUUCAAUUUAUAAUGAAUCAUUACAAAUCGUAUUUCAAGGUCAUCAUAUGUAGAUGAAGGAUGCUACUGAAAAGUCCAAGUAGCUGUGCCUUAAAGAACUACGAGCUUGCUGCUUUUGUUGCCUUCCACUUUGUCAUUGGAGCACAAUAAUAUGAAAAGUGGUACUGAGCUAAAAACCAGAGUUAACUGGUGAGCUGUAGAGGCUAGGGCUGUUCGAAUCUAAAAGUCAGACCGUUUGGACAGCAACUAUUUAAAGAUUGUAUUUCAGUACACUCAGUUGACCAUUACAGAAUUAAUAACAGAGAUAUGUUUUAUUUUAAAUAAAAUACAAGGAAGUACUUUAAUACUUUCUUAAUAAUAGCAAUAUAUUGAAAUACAGGUGAUGGCAAAUCUUCAGGUUGUUCCGAAUGAUUGAUACACAUUCCUUUACUGUGGUAAGUAGGAAUGUUGUUUUUGUGGUCAUAGUUUUGGCCAAUAUUACAAAGAGCACAGUUAGACAAACAAAAUGUUGACAGUUUCCCAUUAUGUAAUGAAGGGAAAGUGUCUCUCUCCUUUGUGGGGGUCAUACUUGCAGUCUGCAGCCAUGGCAGAACUGAGGGGCUGGACAAAUAAAAUUCAAUUUUGUUUUUAUAGAGAUACUACUAAAGCAUGAUAGGUAAAAAAAACAAAAACGAAAAACCAACUGCAUUUUGUUUCCAGAACUGUACAUUACACUUUCCAUAGAGUGAGAGUUCUGUAACGAUAAUUCUGUGGAUUUGUUUAGAACGUUAGGUGACAUGUCAGUGUCUCAUUGCAUAUGCCACAUGACUCUAGUUGUAUAGCCUCGAUAAAAUAAUUUUCUUUCAGUCUUGAUAAGAAGUAGCAAAACAAACUGUUUUAGAAAUAGGCCUUAUCCAUGAGACAUCAAGCAGCAGAGAAUGUGCAAUGUGAAAGGCAAUGCUGACAUAGAAGGUCAGAAGAGCUGUGUAGGAGGAUGGUCAAAACAAUUCAUAGGCAGAGCUGGCUGAAGCUUUAUUCUGAGCAAAAGCUUUGUUGUUUGUUCAUUUUUUUCUAAAAUUGGACAUGAACUCAUGGUACAGUCUUGUCAGCUGUAUCUAAGGAAGACCAUCGGUUCAUGAUUUUUAUUUCUGGAUAUGCUAAUCAUGAGUCAUGAGUAGUUCCCCUGAAUGCUUCAGUUGUGUUUUGCAGAGGAAAUAAUUGUUUAUAGAAGGAUAAGGGUAGCUGCCAGGUAAAACUUUUCAAAAUUGGUUGACAAAUUAGAAGGCAUAAGAAAAGAAGAUAGCUUCAGAUGAAACUAGCGUGUAGAAAAACAUAACAUGCAGAAUUAGCAAUGAAGGUAAAAAACUAGGGUAGGAACAGUACUAAAGAAAUUGAGCUAAACAGAUAAUCUGCAUCCAGAUAGCAGUAAGAGAGAGAAACAUUCAGUAUAUAGCAAAGCUUGAGUGAAAUGUGUUUGAUCCCUCCAUAAUGAUGGACUCUUUUCCUCAGAAUUAUUCAUUCAGUAGACCUUGGCUGGAUGAUUUGGAAGUUCGUUAAAAACAAUAAUACUUUAUUAUAUGCAAUGUGUGUGUUUAAAAAUACACCGGCCUGAAGUAUUCAAAGAUUUCUGUGCUGUUUAUAAAAACAGUAUAUGCACAAGGUUUAAUACAUAAAAGGCCUGCUAACCAGAUGGCUGAUGUUUGUAACAAAAUACUUAGUCAAAAAGAAGCCUUCUCAUAACAUUUGAAAGCUCUGGUUUUUGUCAAGAACAUGGAGUCCAAGCAUUUCAUGAACUUUAGGCCAAACAAUUGCUGAAUAUCAAAACAGCAGUUACCCUGCAGAGGGAAUGAAAUAGUUGAGCAUUUACAUGAUAUCAGCUUAGCUAUUAAGUAAAAUUAAAAUGUUCUAAUUAUACAUGAACGAAAGGUUCUGCAGAUCUAGUUCUCAUUAUAAAAUUCUCAGGAAUCUACACCACAGGAGUGACAAAUAAGGGUUUUCUUUGGAGGAAAGAUAUUCUAAGCUUAUAUUCUUCAAAGGAUUUUUUUUUUUAAUAAUCAUUUGACAAUUUAUGGAAAUUACAUUGUGAUUUUUAAUGGUUUAAACAGUGCUUAUAUAAAUUCUUAGAUUAUUUUCCAUCGUAAUAUUUGUCUUCUUAACCCUAAUAUUGUUCUCAUUGACAUUUGUGAUAAAACUCUGAACUUA